UACUGAUGUGCCUUUGUAUUAUCGAAGUAAGACUGAAUUUAGUUUUUCCACGAUGAAGAUGAUCGAGCUUGCAAUUUUAGUAGCAGUUCUAUGCUUUCCUGCUUUUGGGAGCAGUUCCUUGGAUACUGACACUAUUGUUGACGAAGAAUUACCUGCUACUAUUUACGGCGAACGACCCACUACGGCUGCUCCGGAUUCGACGACAACAGCUCCCAGAGCUAUUCCCUGCUCAGGCAUACCCUGUGGUUAUACAAUUUUCCAAGUUUCGACAACAGUUUCGGAAUCCUUCGUCAAGAAUGACUGUGAGUGCGAAACAGGAACAAGAUGUUACCUGAAUGCUCUUCAAGGCUCGGCGUAUGUGUACCGUUGCUCUCAAUUUGGGAACGAAACUGAUCCCGUCAUCAACCAAGCUACUGUGCCGGUUGAAUUUCCUGCCCAGACUGGUAGCCGAAUUCUUCGAAGGAUCUCUAUUGAUGACCAAUAAGUCAAUGAUGUUAUCUACUGGAAAACUGUUGCUUGGAUAUCGUCCACGAUUUGAUUAAGACUUUUCAUUAUAAAUCGUUCUUAAUGUUUAAGUUCAAUAAAUUUACUUGUUAUAUU